GGAAGAAGAAGAUCUGAAGAAGGUUAUAAUUUUCCUCUAGAGAAGGAUAUUCCUUGCCAAAGUUCACCAUGGGUUGGGCAGUGGUCUUCCUUGCGCUCCUCACUUAUUGCACAGGCAUCAAUGCCCAGCCCAGUUGGACUCAGCCUCCUUCCAGUUCCAUGUCCCUGCGUGAAACCAUUACACUCGCCUGCACAACAACUCAGAGUUCCUACAGCAUUGAGUGGUAUCAACAGAAAGGAGGAGAAGCCCCUCGUUUUGUCCACUGUGAUGGCUGCAGCAGGGGGGAAGGGAUCCCAGAUCGGUUCACUGCCACCAGAUCUGGGAGUACAGGAUCUUUGGCCAUCACCAAUGUGCAAGCUGAAGACGAGGGAGAUUAUUUCUGUGGUAGCGGGAAUUAUGAUGAUACUGCGUUGCACAGUGAAUUUUCUUCCCUAGAAGGACAUUCCUUGCCAAAGUUGGCCAUGGGUUGGGCCGUGGUCUUUCUUGCACUCCUCACUUACCUCACAGGCAUUGAUGGCCAGUCCCCUUGGAUUCAGCCUCUCUCCAGAUCCGUGUCCCCAGGUGGAACCAUUGCAAUCUCCUGCACAACAACUCAGAGCACCAAGAGUAUUUACUGGUUUCAACAGAAACCUGGAGAAGUCCCUCGCUACGUCCAUUGUAGUGGCUGUAGUAACAGGGGAGAAGGGAUCCCAGAUCGGUUCACUGCCACUAGAUCUGGGACUACAGGCACUUUGACCAUCACUGAUGCACAGGAUGGAGACGAGGCAGAUUAUUACUGUGCUAGCUGGAACAGUGCAGAUACCAUGUUGCACAGUGUUUGGAGGUGGGAUCUCAGUGUCCAGCAGCUGAAGAACUUGAAAGAUCCAGAGUUGGUAGCCCCAGGAGAGACAGUCGUUUUGUCAUGUAGCUACAGUGCUGGAACCAUCACAGACAACAAUUACCCUUUAUGGAUCCAGCAGAAGCCAGAAGAAGUUCCACGUCUCUUAAUGUAUGCUACCGGCACCAGGGCCAGUGGUGGGAGAAUUCAGGAGUGGUGGGGUGGCCUAGAGGUGGAGGUCUUGACUCACAAUUAG